CAUCAUGGCUGCAUUCUAGACCCAUAUUCUCUGACUUAUCCUCGCUGCUGGUCUCAGACCUUUCUCUCUCUACUCUCCCCCUGUCAUAGCAGCCAGCAAACAGUCGAGCUCAACUCGAUCCCACAGCACCAUGUUCUGUCUGAGGAGCUGGCUCCCCCUCCUCUUCAUCCCCACCAACGCCUCCCCCCUCUUCAUCCUCUCCUUCGUCACCCUCACCUACCUCCUCCACCGACCAUGCAUCUACUGCUCCGCCCUCCUCCUCAUCCUCUUCCUCUCCUCCUGCAACUGGUCCGACCACUGCUUCGUGGACCUCCGCUCUGACUGGUUCUCACCGCGUCUCCCUUCCUCGUCUACCUCCUCCUCCGACAUCAUCUCCGCCUCUUCCUCUCCCUCCGGGGCUGCCGCGACAAUGACCUACCCCAACAGCGACUCCCUCGCCGGGUUCGUCUUCGACUCGAUCAAUUCCACGACGAAGGCCUUGGCAGGCGCCGCUAUGGAGGAAGCCCAGCGUCGGUUUGCGGCGAAUGGGUCGUCUAUCGCUGCUGCGGCAGCGGCUCUCCCCGCGCAGGAGGAGUGGACCGGGGUUGGGCUGGAGUGGUUGCGGAGUUUGUUGGGGAGACGGGAGUGGACGCUUCCUUGUGUGGAUGUUAAGGUUAGACUUUAGUAUGACUUUUUCUUCUUUAGCUGGCUGUUUCCUCUUUUAUGUAUGUAAGGGUAGGUGGAUGGGUGGAUGGUGGGGCUGGUUGAUACCCUGAGCGUGGUGUAAAUGGGGAGUAUACAAGGAAAAGAAGGAAAUAAAAGAAUGGGAAGAAAGGGAGAGGUUGAUCUGUCUAGCCCGCUGUUCAAUAUCACUAUUUAUUGGUAUACUCGUUGAAUGCUGGGCAAAACAGUCAAGGAAUCAGGGGCCUGUUACAGUUAGAUCUCUUCCUUUCCUCCUACAAAUUGAAUGAGUGUACAUACAUGCAUGACUUCCCUCUUUUCCUCCAUUCUUUU